AUGCCUCUUCCGUUUGUUGAAGCCAUGUCUCAAUCGCACUCGUCCUCUGGCUACGAGCCGACUGCGCAGCAGCGUAAGAGGCAGUCGCACAACCCAACUGCUAUUGCCCACUCGUCGCCACCAAAGGCAGAGUACCUUUCAGACGAGUACGUCCUCCACCCCUCGGUCCACGCCUACAAGCAGGCCCACCCAGGUCGCCCCAUGAUCGCUCUGGGCAACUACAUUCUUCUGCAGACAUUGGGUGAGGGCGAGUUCGGCAAGGUCAAGCUCGGUGUCCACAGUGAAUUUGGCGUCGAGGUCGCGAUCAAACUCAUCCGUCGUGGGCAAUUGGAGACGGAGGCCAGCAGGGCAAACAAGGUCGAACGGGAGAUUGAGGUGUUGAGGCAACUCAAGCACCCCAACAUUGUGCGCAUGUUAGAUGUCAUUGACACGGCCAAGUACAUCGGCAUCGUUCUCGAGUUUGCAGGAGGUGGAGAGCUGUUCGACUAUAUCCUGGCCAACCGCUAUCUGAAGGAAAAGGACGCGUCGCGUCUCUUUGCGCAGCUCAUCUCUGGUGUCGACUACCUGCACCAGAAGCACAUUGUACACCGCGACCUCAAGCUGGAGAACCUGUUGCUGGAUCGCCACCGCAACAUCAUCAUCACUGACUUUGGGUUUGCGAACGCUUUCGAGCGUGAGGGCGACGAUCUCAUGGCCACCAGCUGCGGCAGUCCGUGUUAUGCUGCACCAGAGCUCGUCGUGUCGGAAGGUCUGUACGUUGGCACAGCAGUCGAUGUUUGGUCGUGCGGUGUCAUCCUCUACGCCAUGCUCUCCGGCUACCUCCCUUACGACGACGACCCGGAAAACCCGGACGGUGACAACAUCAACCUGCUCUACAAGUACAUCAUGAGCACGCCUCUCAACUUCCCUGACCACAUGUCGCGGAUGGCUAUGGACCUGCUCCUCAUGAUGCUUGUUCCCAACCCGCAGGACCGCUGCAACAUUCCCCAGAUCGAGGUGCAUCCUUGGCUAGAUGCCCACCAGUCCGUCUUUGACAGGUCAGUCGAGGAGCACGAGCGGGUCUUCACCGAGAACAUGCAGAGGAAGAGUCAGGCGGCUAAGCGGGAUCUCGCCCAUCGCCGUCGACUUCAGCAGGAGGCCAAGCUCGUCAAAGCCUUCCAGCGCAGUCACAGCACGGCCCCUGGCGCGAGCGGUCUGCUCGACGACCACCGGCGCUCCAGAGACCAGCGACACCGCAGUGCUCUCCCUACGACGUCGACUGUUCCCGACUACCUCUACAAUGCUGGCCACCGUGAUCGGUUCCCGAACCUGGAACCCCGCAACGAGCAGGACUACCGCGAUCAUCCUGCUCCGUCUGCGGUCCCAUCGCUGGCGCUUCCCCCAUUGCCAUUGCACGAGCCGGUCUCUGAACCGCAGUCGUCGAUUGGACCCACAACUCCUCCGCAAACCCCUCCCAGACCACGCACCACCUCUGCUCACUGUCUCAACACUCCUGAGCGGGAGAUGGCGGAGCCAGUUACCCCGCCAUUCAGGGGAUCGACGGAGGCCCGGACGCCUAUGUCGGCCAACAAGAACCGCCAUACGAUCCAGGUCGAGUAUGACGGUGACAAGGGAUGGGAGAACUUCAAGAAUCUACAGCCGACGAUCACGAAGCCGAGCGACAUUAUCGACCCUCCUCCUGCGAAGCCCAUCAAUGUUGCCCAGGCUGGUGACAUGGAGGUCGAGUCGACGUCGGAAGUGGACUCAAAGAUGGAGUCCCGCACCAACACUCCUCUGACAACUGACGGGCUCGGCCUUGUGGCUACACCCGCUAUUGCAUCAUCGAUCCGCAAGUCGCACGAUCAGAUUGAUGCCGGCCUCAACGAGCCCAUCGCCGUCAAGGCCGAGCCUGAAACAACCCAGACCGAGGAGAAGACAGCUGAGCACAAGGUUGCCAAUGCUGCAGACGAGCCCAUGUCCGAGACCGCUGCGCCUCCCCCUCGGCCACCCCGCCGAUCACCAUCCAUCCCUCAGACGCCAUCGAAGCGUGCGCGUGAGGGCGACGUCGACGAUCUUCCAGCGGUCACUACGCCGAGAGCGACAAUUGCCUCGGAGAGCCAGGUCCCUACCCCCAAGGCGGAGACUCGCCCUCAGAUGGUAUCCCCUUCCCUACCGCCGGGUGCAGCCACCCCCAAAGUUCAGCCUUCCGGCACGCUUCCCGGCAUCGUGGCUUCGACACGGCCUCCGAAGCGCGAUCGCGCCACUCGCCGCGGCAUGGGGAUGUCGCUGGACAAGUUCGGUCUUGCCAAGCUUCUGGGCCAGGCGCAAGCUCCCGCUUCUUCGCGUCCGUCGUACAUACCCGUGUCGCAGCAUAACAAGAGUCACUCCGUUGCCCUCACCUCGUCGUCGAUGGCACCACCAGCUCCUCCCAGUUCAGCCGACAGGAAGGCACGGCGCAAGACGGUGCAACUCAUGAACCCCAGUAGCCGCAACUCGACUCCUGACAUCAUCUCCUCACGUGCUUCGCACACGUCGAGCUCCUCCAACAAGGGCGUGGUCAUUGGCCCUCAGGGCAUCCAACCACGCCCUUCGCAGGACCACCAAAGCAACACGUCUGUCAUUACGGUGGACGCGUUCGGAGAUUCGCAGGUUCAGCGGACGGCGUCGAGCAGUGCGGCUAAGAGGGUCAUGGACUGGUUCAGACGCAAGUCGCUCGCCAAGGACACCUUGAGCACCAUCAAGUCUGGAAGUACCCGUGCCGACUCGAUAUCCAGCUCUGCUAGCCGUCCAUCCAUCACUGCCGACCGCGGCUAUGUCCACGUCACCGCACCUGCCAACGCGGGCGAGCAGCCGAAGUCGAUAGUCCGCGACGAGAGCGUAAACCCUCUCACCGACAGCCCAUCGAUCGUUGUCAGCGACUCAACACCGCAGUCUAAGUCUCCCGAGCGCAAGGAGACCACCCGUCGCAAGCAGCCCGAGUCUCGACAGUCUUCAGUGCCGUCUCCUGAGAAGCGUGUUCCCCUCGCUCCUGCCAACGGCAAGGCGAAUGUUGACAAAACGCUCCUCUCGCCCGAGGCCGGGGCGCUUCCGACUCGGUCCAAGUCUGUCCGCGUGCGUAACGCGCCAUCGACUGCCGCCGCUCUCGUCAACCCGCAGCAUGUGGCGGACGCGAGCCAACAGGUCAACGGCACGCUCUCGGUAGAAGACAGCAAGAUGCGCGUCCACAGCGGCCUCGUCGACCAAUCAGUGCUCACAUCUCGUCCGCCAAAGGAGGUCAUGGCGGAAGUCAUCCGUGUUCUCCACGGCAUGGGCAUGGACGCCAAGCAGGAGGCAGACUACCGUCUUCGUUGCACACGUGUCCGUCGCCGCAAGGCCGGUCCCACAACGGGAUUAUCGACCGGGGCCGCAGGCCUGGGAACCAUCGCCCUCGUUCAGGCCUCGAACAAGAACGGUGAUGGUCGGUCUCUCCCUUCGAGCGGCUCUGGCGGCCUCUCGGGCCUGAAGGGUAUGCUCCUCCGUCGGGGUAGUUCGUACUCGUCUUACAGCUCACACGCGCUCGCCCGCAGCGAAAGCGACCUGUUCGCAUCCACGUCGCCCUCGACCACCCCCCAGCUUGCAUCACCGAACCUCGGCCCUGCACCUGAGCCGGUUUACGGCGAGCACGCGAUCGACAACGGCGACGAGGUCAAGUUUGUGGUCGAGCUAUGCCGCAUCAAGAACCUGCAGGGGUUGUACCUCCUACGUAUCAAGCGUCUCCGCGGCUCGGUCUGGGCGUUCAAGUUCAUCUACCAGACAAUUGUCGACCGCUGCGAGACUCUCACGCACUAG